GAGCUCCCAUAGUGCCUCGCGAGUGGCGGGCAUGAUAACAAACCCUGGGCGUCCGCACGCGUGUUCGGGUCGCCCCAGCGGGGGCUCCGCGGUGGUGAGGGGGCGGUUCUGCGGGGUCGGGUGCCGGCUGCUGUCUGGUCCGCCGGCGCCAUGUCGCUCCUCCGGGGCGUGUGGGGCGCGCUGAGGGUGCUGGGAAGAUCCGGAGCGGAGCUGUGCACUGGCUGUGGGAGUCGCCUGUGUUCACCUUUCAGUUUUGUGUAUUUUCCAAAAUGGUUUUCAUCCACCUUGAGUAGUUAUCCAAAAAAACCUAUGACUUCCUACCUUCGAUUUUCUAAAGAACAGCUACCAGUAUUUAGAGCUCAGAACCCAGAUGUGAAAAAUAAAGAACUAAUUAGACAAAUUGCAGAGGUAUGGAGAGGACUUCCUGAGUCAAAGAAAAAGAUAUAUGAAGAUGCUUAUAAGGCAGACUGGAAAAUAUACAAAGAAGAAAUAAACAGAAUUCAAGAACAGCUUACUCCAAGUCAGUUGCUGUCUUUGGAAAAAGAAAUCAUACAAAGACGUUUGAAAAGGAAAGCAUUAAUAAAAAAGAGAGAGUUAACAUCUCUUGGAAAACCAAAAAAAACUCGUUCAGCAUACAACAUUUUUAUAGCUGAAAAAUUUCCAGAAACCACAGAGUCAUCAUCUAAGGAAAAAUUGAAGACUUUAAAUGAAAAAUGGAAAAAUAUGCCUGCUUUUCAAAAGCAGGUUUAUUAUCAACUAUCUAAAGAUGAUAAAAUUCGUUACGAGAAUGAAAUGAAAUCUUGGGAAGAACGGAUGAUAGAAGUUGGGAGAAGUGAUCUUAUACGUCAAACCAAGAAACUACAACCCAAAGCUACUACUGAGAAACUAAACCUCAAAGAAGAUUGAGUUGUGUUCAUGAUGGUUGGGCACAAGAAACCAAUUAGGUCUCAAUACCUGACAUUGUAACAUCAGAAUAGAUAAAGUUGGUAAACAUUUUAUAUUCAAUUCCUUUUUCUUUAGCCCAUGGACUUCUGCCAGUUGAACAUAUUUUGUAUUAGUAUUUGUAAAACAGAUGAAGGUCAUGAAAAUUUUUGUGUUCAUAAGAACCACAGAGGGUCAAAAUCUUUCAUGCAAAUUUAGCAGGGAAUCAUUUUACCUUUGAUAAAGGUAAAUCAGACUGUGAAGUUUUUUUUUUAUACUGGAUGCUGAUGGAUAUUCUUGCCUCCCAAUGGAGGCAGGGACUUGUUUUCAAACUUUUCAAUACUGUGGAAGCCACAGUGUUCUCUUGAUAUAAUUGUGCCGUUAAAAAAAUGCAGCCAGAACUCAUAUCUGGGUAAACUCUAAUUCCUAGAUGUAAUUAGUACAUAUUCAGAGUUGAUAGCUGUACAUGCAAGUACUGGUUAGUUUCAGUAACAAUCUUUUAUAAAAGGGACUGAGAGAUUUAUAAACCAUUUUCUCAUUGUCUUUUCCUUUUACCAAAGGGAAAACGAAUUAUGUACUAAAUCUAUGCAUAUUUUAUAUAGCAUAGAAUAAAAAUUCUAAUAUUUCA